GCGCUGCCAGGACGCCCACGGCCGCGGGCGCCGGACGCCAUGUGAGCGGCGCGCGGGCGAAGGCGCGCGAGGGGCCGGCGGGCGGGGGAUGAGUCCGCGCCCCAGGCAGGUCCCAGGGUCGCCAUGGAGGGCCAGGCUGAGCCGGACGGGGCCUCGAGCGACCAGGUGGCCUCCCAGCGCCACGCUCCGAGCCCAGCCGACGCCGCGGAGCACGUGAGAGAGUUCGCGGGCGUGCCGCGGGCGGACCCCUCGGGCACGGCCGUGGCGCACAACGGCCGCGUGUACGUGCACUACUCGACGCAGCCGCGCAGCCAGGCGAUGGACGCCGCCGACCUCGCGCCUGAGACCGACAGCCUCGCCGAAGACACGGAGAGCUCCACCACCACCGUCGUGUGCGACUCGCGCUUCUUCUGCGCGACGCCCGACCUCCCCGAACAGCCCGACUCCCUCGACCCCGACUGCGAGAUGGACGCCCGACCCGACUCGUCCGGCUCCGCCCAGUCCCUCUCGCCGGGGCCCUCCGCGUCGGGGGGCAACUCGCCCGAGCCCGACGCGGCGGAGCUCGGCCAGAACAGCCACGCCGCCCGACGCAGCCCGACCACGGCGCCCGCGCCCAAGAAGGCCGCCGCGGAGCACGAGACGCGCGUCGCCUCGCCCAGUCCGCUGACGUCGCCGCCGCCCGACGCCGAGGGGGAGCUGUCGCCGCUCCCGCACAACUCCAUCACGACAGACGAGGAGCGAGUGUGAGGUCCUCCAGCCCCUCCUUCUCGUCGGGUAUGUCAGCUUCCAGCGGGCAUGCGGGUACUCCUGACCUCCCCGAAGAACAAGUAUCCGCUUACCUCGAUCGACAUCCGCAUGUGGUGGAGA